UGCAGACUGAAGGUAUAAAUACCACCACCAGGAACAACUAAUAAACCAUUCUAAAUAUUCACUUCAACGAUGAGAUUGUGCCUUCUUGUGCUGGGCUGCGUGAUUGCUGCCAGCGCCUGGCCGGUCGACCAACAUUCGGUUCGAGUUCAUGGCAUCAAUGGAUGGUUUGUCCCUCAAAGGGAAGGCGGCCUAAGGUGGAUUGGCAAGGCUGAGGCGGAGCGCCAAUUGGAAUACUACGAGGCUCAGGAGGCGUUGGAGGGUCGUCUGUCCACCAACACGGUUAAUUUCUACCUUUACACGCAGCAGAAUCCUACCGAUGGACAGCAGAUCAAGGCUACCCAGUCCUCCAUCGAUGCCUCUAACUUUAAUCCCGAAAAUCCAACUAGAAUUACCAUUCACGGUUGGAACUCCAAUUACAAGGAUGGGGUAAACACCAGGGUAGCCAAUGCCUGGUUCCAGUAUGGAGACUACAACAUGAUUGCAGUAGACUGGUUGCGUGGACGUUCCUUGGAGUACGCUACCUCUGUGGCCGGAGCCCCGGGAGCUGGCAAGAAGAUUGCCGCACUUGUGGAUUUCCUUGUGGAAGGAUACGGCAUGCGCCUGGAUACUCUGGAAAUUGUGGGCUUCAGUUUGGGCGCCCACGUUGCGGGAUACACCGCCAAGCAGGUGGCCUCUGGCAAGGUGGGAAAAGUCGUGGGCUUGGAUCCGGCUUCUCCCCUCAUCAGUUACUCUAAGACUGCAAAGCGUCUGUCCAGCGAUGAUGCCGUUUAUGUGGAGUCAAUCCAGACAAACGGUGCAGUUUUGGGCUUUAGCCAGCCAAUUGGAAAAGCUGCCUUCUACAUGAACGGAGGCAAAUCGCAGCCAGGUUGUGGUAUCGAUAUCACCGGCAGUUGCUCACACACCAAAGCAGUUCUUUAUUACGUGGAGGCGCUGCUGUGGAACAACUUUCCUUCAAAGCAGUGUGAAACCUACAAGGACGCCAACAAGAACACCUGUGCCGAUACAUACAGUUCAGUCUUGAUGGGUGCUACUAUAAAUUUCUUUGUCGCAGAGGGUAUCUUCUAUGUGCCGGUAAACAAGGAUUCCCCCUACGGAUUUGGAGAGGUGAACGGUGGCGGAGAGGUUACAACAGCUGCUCCUGCAGUGACUACUACUGUUGAUGGUGAAGAUGAAUCGACGACCGAGGUCUCCACAUCAACGACAACGGAUGAUCCUGAGGAGACGACAACCAAAGAACCCGAAGAGAACUCCACAACAACCGAUUCUUCCGAAGACUCCUCUUCUACAACCGAAAAGCCCGAAGACUCCUCUACUACAACCGAAGAAGCAGAAGAUUCAACUACGGAAGCCCCAGAAGAAGAUAAUACGACCACUACUCCCAAAGAUGAAGAAGUAGAAUCGACAACUGAAGGGCCCGAAGAGGAGUCUACAACUACUAAGGCUCCCGAGGACCCCGAAGAAACCACUACUACACCUGAUGAAAUUGAGGAUACGACUACUGAGGAAGUAAUUGAGGACACGACCACUGCAGCUCCCGAAGAUGAUGAUACCACUCUUCCUUCAGACGAUUCGACCACAGAGGAGCCCGAAAAGUCAUCUACUUCACCCAAUAAUAAUGAGGACUCAACAACUGAGGAGCCCGAAGAGACCUCUACUUCACCCAAUGAUAAUGAGGAUUCAACAACUGAGGAGCCCGAAGAAGUUUCGACUACUCCCAAGGAAUCCGAGGAGUCGACCACUACAACCCCUGAAGAUAAUAAUACUACGUCUGCUCCUGGAGACGGCGAAGACGAUGACACUACCCCAGCUCCCGGAGACGGCGAAGAGGAAUCAACCACAGAGGACCCCGAAGAAAACUCCACUACUCCCGAUGAAACCGAGGAUUCAACAACCGACGAGCCCGAAGAAGAGACUACAACGACCAAGAAACCCGUGGAACCUUCUACUACAACCGAAGAACCUGAGGAGUCCACUACCGAAGUUUCCGAGGAUACUACAACAGAAGCACCCGAUGAUAAUACUCCCUUAACAGAAAAUCCUGAGGAGACGUCUACAACAACCGCAGAACAGGAAGUAUCGACUACCGGUGAACCGGAUGUUGAUAGUACUGUUGAACCAGAAGGUGACCAAUCGACAACUGAAGACCUAGAGGAAGUAUCCACAACAGAUGUUCCCACGGAGCUUCCGGCGGCCCCAACAACGAUUCCCACUGAGCUUCCUUGGACGACAACCACAGUUCCCAAUGAGAUUCCUUCGACAACUGGUGUUCCCCCUGAAGUUCCCAUCACCACCCUGGCUCCGGAACUUCCCAUCACCACGCUGUCUCCAGAAGUUCCACCACCGAAAGAUGGAAGCACCAAGAACAUCUUCAUUUUUAACGUGUUUUUGGUAAAUGUAAAGAUAGAAAACAAAAAUUAAAGAUAAGACAAUGCUUCUUACAUAGUUUCUCGCCCAUUUGGCGAAGAAAAAAUAUAAAUUAAAUUCAAAUAAUAAUGCAGGUCGCUUUUAAAAGUUUUA